CUAUGCCAGGGCUCUGAUUCAGAAGUUAGGAAUUUGCAUCUGAUUGCUAUUUGUCACCGUAUGAUUUGUCUCCCCGGCCCUGAGCACGCCUUAGGCAGAGGGGAGGGGAAGAGAGGGGAGGGAGCCGCCAGCAGCAGCCAUGCAGCAGGAGAAACUUCGCCAGCCCGGCUGCUGGAUCAGGGGAGGAGGCUGCGCGGUGGAAGCCCGCGACGCGGCGGUGUAGAGAAUCAGCAAGCAAGCAAGCAAGCAAGGGAGGAGGAAGAGGAAGGAAGCGAGCAAAGAGGCAGGCAGGGAAAGGCGGCGAAGGGCUGCUCCGGUGCUGGCGACGCGUCGCGAAAGCGAGCAGGCGCCGCGCAGGUCAAGAGGAGGAGGAGGAGGAGGAGAAGCAGUCGCCACUAGCCAGGGCGCAAUGAAGCUGCCCCCCGAGCCGAGCCCGCAAGGGUUUCCCUUGACGCCUAGGUGAAGCAGACGGGGCGGACGGUCCACGGCGCCCUGCUUGCCCCGGUGACAUUCCUUGGAUGGGAAGAACUUGGCCGACGGGUGCAGGAUUGGGCCGCGGCUUCGCGUCCGGAUUUGUGAAGAGCAGUGCAGUGGCGGCGUAGAACGGAGCACUGUGCGUCGCGGGAUUGUGGCAGAUCUCUGGCACGGCACUCGGGGUGUGGGGGCGCCUUGAGCUUCCCGUCUCCGGGCAAAGAGGGGCCAGCCGCCUCCCUCCACCCCUGUGGGAGCCCCUCGUUGCAUGCCGCUGCCCCGUCUCCGUCGGGUGCCACGCUGUCCCGGGUCCCCCCUGCCUGGCGGGAGGCUGCGGUCCUCUGAGCCCCGACCGGCCCUGUCGUUGCCCUACCUGGGGCAGAGGGCCCCCUUCCAACGUCCCCACGGCGUUGCACCCGACCGGACGUUGCCCCCUGGGCCCGCCCCCUGCCGUGCAACACGUCGGCGCCUCCCCUCCGGAACACUGCCCUGCCCCCGCGGCGGCGCCCACUCCUGCCAGGGCGCUGCCCCCUGCAGGCAGAGCCAUGAAGCUGCAGGCGGUGAUGGAGAAUCUGCAGCGCCAGCAGCGGGCCCGGCUGCAGCAGGAGCUGGAGGCUCGCCAGCAGCAGGAGCAGGGGCGGGCCUCCCCUCCGCCCCCCGGGCCUGCCCAGGCGGCCUUGGGGGCUCCGGCGGCCUCCCGCGGCCGCAGCCAAGACCCCCCUGCCUCUGAGGAGUCGGGGGAGCCCGAAAGCGCCUGGAUGCAGAGGGCCCAGAUAGCGGCGCUGGAGGCCAUGCAGGCAGCGGCCGCUGGUCUCAGCCAACCGUCCAGCCUGACCGCCUCUGAGGAGAGCCGCUCCUCGGAGGAAGAGUACGAGGAGGAGGAGGAUCCGGGGGAAGAGGAGGAGGAGGAGGUGGCCGCCAAGUACCAGGGGAUGGCCUCAGAGGAAGAGGAGGAGAUGAAAGGAGAUGAGGAGUUUGAAGAAGACUUGGAAGAGGAAGAUUAUGAAGAUGAGGAGGAGGAGGAGGAGGAGAUGGCAGAGGAAGGACUCGGCUCCGAAGAAGCCGCCCGCUCCAGCCCUGGUGCUGCCCUGCUCCGGAAGCAGCCGGCCCUCCAACAGUACAGAGGGGAGACCUCCCGGCUGCCAGGGGGCCAAGAGCGGCUCUCUGCCGGGCUCCCUCACCAGGGGGUCUCGCAGCUUCACCCCCAACCUCUGGACCACGGAGACUGGACUUACGAAGAGCAGUUCAAGCAAUUGUACGAGCUCGACGGGGACCCCAAAAGGAAAGAAUUCCUGGAUGACCUUUUCAGUUUCAUGCAGAAGCGAGGAACUCCCGUGAACCGGAUCCCCAUCAUGGCCAAGCAGGUGCUGGACCUCUACAUGCUGUACGUCCUGGUGACCGAGAAGGGCGGCUUGGUGGAGGUGAUCAACAAGAAGCUCUGGAGGGAGAUCACCAAAGGCCUGAACCUCCCCACCUCCAUCACCAGUGCAGCUUUCACCCUUCGCACGCAGUACAUGAAGUAUUUGUACCCGUACGAGUGUGAGAAGCGAGGUCUCAGCAACCCCAAUGAGCUGCAGGCUGCCAUCGACAGCAACCGGCGGGAAGGCAGGCGUCAGGGCUUCAGCGGCUCCAUCUUCACCUAUUCCCCAAGCGGGACCCACAACAUACUCUCCUCCCCUAAGCUCCAGGUCCCUGCUCUGGGGCUGGCAUCGGCCACCAACGGCAACCCCAUCGCCCCCGUCCCAAAAAUCAAAAAAGAGGAAGAUUCUUCCAUCCCCAUCUCCGUGCCCAGCCGCCUCCCGGUCUCGCUGGCAGGCCACCCUGUCGUUGCCGCCCAGGCUGCGGCCGUCCAAGCGGCCGCCGCCCAGGCCGCCGCGCUGGAGCAGCUGCGGGAGAAGCUGGAGUCAGGGGAACCGCCCGAGAAGAAGAUGGCCCUCAUGACGGAGGAGCAGCAGCGGCUGAUGCAGCGGGCCCUCCAGCAGAACCUGCUGGCCAUGGCGGGCCAGCUCCCCAUGAACAUCCGCAUCAACAGCCAAGGGGCUCGCUCACCAGAAAACCGCCAAGACUCUGCCACGAACCUGGCCACCAACGGCACCAACAGCAUCAGCAUGUCUGUCGAGAUCAACGGCAUCGUUUAUACAGGUGUCUUGUUUGCUCAGACCCCAGGGUCGUCGUCCUCCUCUUCCUCCUCGCUCCCAAAAGGAAACAGCAGCGGGCGCAGUUCUGGCGGCGGCGGCGGCAGUACCUCCAGCAGUGGGGCUGCAGCGGGGACGGGCCCCCAACCAGGCUUGCCUGCCGCACCAACUUCUACCUCAACCAAUUCCGCAUCGCCUUAAACCACCCCGCCCCUGCCCCCCAACAAGCCGCCGCCGCCACCACCACCACCACCACCUCUUGAUCACCCCGCCAAAAUGGAAGCCCCUUCAGGUGAAUCUGCCGUGGGCAUCGCGCAGCCGGGGGACAAGAGCAUUUCCUGCUCCUCCUCUGAGAAUCCCGGCCGCUGCCCCCCACCCCAUCCGCAGUUCAUAGCGAUACCCUGGUUUUGGCAGCAGUGCGGUGGAUUGACCUCAUGGCCCGAUGCCCUUUGGGCUUGGCACGCUGAUAGCCUGGUCAGACGUGGAAACCCGUGCGUGGAUGUUUGGGGGUGUCGGAAGUGGGGCAACCAAUCUAGGAAGGCACGCUCUUUCCCUUGCCGCACGCCAUGGGAGGAGGGGAGGGCCGUGGCCAUCCAAACCGGGCCGGGGGAAGAGCGAUCGGAACACCAAAACACCAAACCGGAUUCUAGACGUGCUUUCUGGAGAGGGAGAAGAGACCAGGGUCUGAAGCUCUCUCCACUCUCCCCCCCUCCACCGCCUGCCCCAAAAAUAAUUAAUUAAUUAAAAAGAGCAUACUGAAAGGAGAAAAUGAAAAGCAUUUAAUUGCGGGCCGAGGGGGAUGUCGUUAAAACUCUGAGCCAGACAGACACUGGGCAGUUUAGCUUUUGACGUGGCACAGUGUAGACCCACAACUGUUACCUCAUGCAGAGCCACACUUUGCACUGUGUGUGUCUUUUUGAUCUUUUUUUUUUUUGUGGCAAUUAUACCUCCGGACAGGCAGAGGCGCCUCUGUGGGCUUGAGUCCGAGAUGAAUCCCUGGCUUCCUCCUUAGGUAGAGACCUGUACAUAUAUAUCUAUGUUAAACCAACCAAAAGGAAUUUAUGAAUUUGGAGCAGGGAAACGUGAUUGAUAUUUUCUGCUGCUUUUUUCAAAACUGUUCUCAAAGGAAUUAAGAGGGUUCUCUCUUCUUCUUUUUAUUUGUAAAUAGACUUUCCUCUUAAUUUCGGACAGCAACAAACACAUCAGGCCUAGAAAUGAAACAAAAUCUAUAGGUUUGCAUUCAUUCAGGGGAAAUUUUUGUGGCUUUGCUUUCCUGUUGAGUUUGCCACAUUUGGCCUGGGGUGGGUGGGGGCGGGGUCCUCUGUAUUUUUCUUAGCUCCCCCCAAUCUUAUUGGGGUCUCCUCUGACGAAUGAGCUCGGGUGGGCGGGACUAAUCAACCGCCGGGGCGGGACUUCCACAGCUAGAUUCUUAUAUGAUAGGAGGGUAUUUCUCUGUGGAGUCACUCACACGCCCCUUUUGACUUGACCAUUUGGGAGGUGCCAGGGUGGAGGACUGGAAGGGGCAGUUUCCUGGGUUUUUCAGUGCUUUGCUUUUCUCCUGGGUUCUUGCUUCCCUUCCCUGAAGGCACUGCUCCUUGUACCAUGGUGCUGGCAAAAGCCACGACUGCAAAAAUCCAGAUUGAACCCUGCGGGCAAUUCCACCCUUCUGCUGCAUACUGCUUUUCGCAGUUCGCCUCUCUUGUGUUCCUGAUUCGCUUCUAGUUUUGCUCAUGUUUGCUGAUAUUUUUAAACUGAUAAAAAUAGGGGGGUUGCAGAGCCAUCCUGUUUCUUUCCUCAUCAACCGUUCCUUGCUGAGAACCAUUUUAAGCAGCAGCGUUCCCCACGCUUCAGCCUCUGCAAAGCUGGCACACCAGAAGCGUGACGUCCCCUCCUCUCCAAAAGGCCCGAACUCUGGAGCACACCCAGACUCCAGGAAGGAGUCCGUCAUGGCUGUGCUCCUCCUCCAAGUCCCAUGGUAGCACCCCUGGGCUCCCAAGGAACAGAAUUCCCAGAACCCCUUUGCAAAAUGGCAGUCGGUUGAGGCAGAAACUUAAUGGGGCAGCCUCCAAUGCCCACUAGAAUGUAGCGCCAAGCCCGAAACACUCUGGCCCUGAAGAGACCCGCCAAACGACUCCCCCUUUCCCACCCCCACCUCACAGAGGGUUUUUGAGCGUCCCACGAAGCUCAGCUCCUUGAGUUUGGGGUCUUGCUCUCUCCCUCUGUGCCCAAAACCAGUUCCUCCCAUUUUCCUGCGACAGCAAGCAUGCAUUAAGCAAAAAUCUCUGGGUUUGGCCUGGUUCCGCUCACCUCGGUUUCUUGGCCUUGAACAGUCGGGGCUUCCGAGAAGAUUUUGAGCUUGGCCACUUUGCUUCCCCCUCCUUUGUGGGCUUAAUUCCUUUCAUCUAGUUGCCAUGCCUUCUUGUCUGAAAUCCAGAAGAGGGAUUCCUCCCCACAGAACAUGUACCCCUCCUUGGAACGUGUUUCUCAGACAUGUAUUUGAUCUGGGCCUUUAAAAAAAAAAAAGUAGGAGAACCCGAAAUCUGCUUGGAAACCCCUUCAGAGCCCCCUGCUGCUUCUUUCUGCCCGUGGCACAGUUUGGGUCUCGUACAGUGGACAUGGGACAGGUGCUCUUCUAGGUAAGCACGUUUGUGGAACACGACUGACCCCAAAAGCUAGCAAUAUAGCAGGGCCUGGCGGGGGGGGGGGCGGGAUGUGUAAAUCCAAUCAUAUUAUUGUGCCUUUUGGCUCGUCUGCUUCAGACGACGACGGUUGACGGGAGAACUGUCCAAAGCUUGUCACUUCUAGCUUGCCGAGAUGCCGUUCAUUGCAGGAUUCAUCUGGGCUGAGAUGGAGACUCUGGCAUCAAACCCACAUCUGAAGUGCGAAGCAGUGACAGAAUCCGGAUUCUCUCUCCUAGACCAGGCGAGGAAUUCAGACCCGAUUAACUCGUCUGCUGGCCCAGGGUCCCCCCCCCUCUUCUUUCCCCCUGCUCUGUAGUCCCCUGGAGGUUGUGUUUGGGGGUCUUAGAGUGCCAGGUUUGUGUGCUGGGGUGUGUUCAGCUUUUAACAAAAGUUUGCUUUAAAAAGGCUUCCCAAAUCUGACCCCAGAUUCCAGACACAUCUCCCCGCAGUCUGGUGUCCUCCUUCUGUGUCUCAAAUGGAUGAUCCCUAUUCCAACCAUACGGGUAUGUGAACGGUUGUGUGAACAGGGUUGCGUGUAUGUGUGUGUUUAGAUGUGUUGGUCAUAAAACGGGUUAAGGAACCCCUGAAUUGCUCAGCCAGCUGAGGGGAACCUCUGCUCCUUCGCUGUGGGUAACAUAUCGUGGGUUAUAUCUCAUGCUUCUUCAAGUGACUUUUUCAGGAGGUUCUCAAAGAGGCCUGCCCCUCUCUCAGUUGACGAGUCCUUGCUGCGAUUUGACAUCCUCUCUGGCCUUCCUGUCCCUCACAAAGGCAAUCUUCUACCGCAGCUUUGUGUGGGUGGCUUUUUUCUUCUGGUGGGAUGAAUCCCUUGACGGGCCAGUUAGUACAGGGCUCUGUAACGGAAAUGCGUGGGCCCCAGUUUCCCUUCUGGAGGCAACUUGGGCCUUGAGAUCCCACUCCAGCUCCAGCCUCUUACAGGCACACACCCAAGCAAUAUUCUUCCCAAAUUCUAAGAUCCUUAUCCUCUCUUGAGGAGUGGGGACCAGUUAUGCUUAGCUGAAUCUCAGCCAUUGUUGUGGCAUCUUGCUUUGUUCUCCAAAGCAAGACGCCAUGUUUGAAAUGGCUGGAUUCUCUCUUCUUCCUCCCUCACCUCCCCCACCCCAAAACCCAGUGAUCUUCACUUGCCCGGUCCCCCAGCCCCUCCAACCACUUGGCCUUCCACACGUCGACUUUGGCUGCCAUAACAACUCAACUUCCUUUUCUCCACAUGGCCGACAGAUGGGUGGCCCGCUCUGUCGUUGGCGUAUCUCCUUGGGCAGGCAGCAGUAUUGUAGCAAGGGUCGCUCGGAUAAGGAAGCUGUGAGAAGCUGGGGCAAAACCCGGCCUCCGCCCACUGGAUGGAUGAUCCCGUCCCAUCAUGGCGUUGCCAGCCUGGUCGCUAGAAUAUGCUUCAGGCUCGCGCUCUCUUCUCCUGCCAAAGAGAUGCUAGGGUGGCCUUCUGGGAUGGAACCCGGAUUUUACAGGUUGACCGAAUCAGGCCAAAAGCUUUCCCCUCUCCCUCCUGAAGGGUCCCUCUUGGUACGGAGACGAAAGUUGCACCUUCCCAUCUGCCACGUUCCUCAAAGCGUUGAAUGCCAAGCCCUUAGCAGACAUGCGCUCUUCUAGACCAUGCCUCCGCCAUCCCAUUCACUUAUUUCUAGCAGCUCUUGGGCUUAAAACUGGACACAGUUGGACCCAUUCCUUCUCCACCCAUCAUGGGUGCGACGUAGUCCCUGCCCACCGUCUGGCCUGGUUAUGCGUCCCGCUGCCUGAACUAGAAGCCCAUCCACUAAGCAUGUGGCUGCCCUCGCAGGGCGGAUGUGUCCAGUACCUUAAAAAAAUGUGCUUAGUGUGUAUGAGUGGAGAGGAUAAAUUGUAUAUCAAAAUUUAUAUAAGUGUGUGUGUGUAUAAUGAGCGUGGAUGUUAGGAACUGGGGUUUUGUUUUGUUUUUUGCUUGGGGGGUUUUGAGCGUGCAAUGUGUGAGUGUGUGUCUUUAUAUUAAAUAUAUAUAAAUAUAUAUCUAUUUCUUGGUCCAAGCUUGAAUAAGGGUUGGAUUGUAUCUCAGGGGAAUCAAACCUGCUGUCUGGAUUUUGAUUGUAUUUUGAAGGGGGCAGUUUCGGGGGAGCUGUAUCUAGGGCCAAGGGUUAAAAAGAAGAAGAAAACACCCCUGGAUUUGUUUGCUGUGACUCUGGCGGGGUGGCGGUGUACUGUGCUACUCUCUCUCUCGCUAAGAGGUGGCGGGGGAAUCAGUUUGCACACUCGAAUAUUGGAGGAGAUGAAGCAGCUAAUUAACUUACCCCCCUUUUUUUGGAAGUGGGGGAACAUUCUGAUUAACUGCAACCAUAGGCACCAAACAGGGAGUUGCAUAUGCGGGCUGGGGGUAUAGAUGAUAAAACGGGUUCUCCUAUCCUUUCUGCUCUCUCUAGCUUCGUUUUGUAAUGGUAGAAUGCCAAGGUCUGAAGGUAGAUUCGAGGGGAGAGCUGCAUUGUGGUGGGUGUUGGAGCUCUUCUUGGUGAGAAGUCUUGUGUGCGUCCCUUCUCCACUUGAGAGCAAGACCACCACUCAGAAAUCAUUCUCUCGCUCCAGAUUUCUCCAUCGCCUUUGGUAGGGCUCAAUCCACAAUCAGAUUUUGUCCAGGGAUAUAUAUGUGUGUGCAUGUGCGUGUGUAUUGGCUUACUUUAUUCUCAUGAAGAGGGAACGGGGUUCAUCUUAUAGUAAAGUUUCUUUAUUUUGUUGCAUUUUGUACAAACACUGUGUUGGGUGUGGGUGGGCUGGGACUUCUGUUUUUUGUUUGUUUUUUUAAUAAAUAUUUUCGAGGGGGGGAGAAGACACUCCUCUGUGCUUUCUCUCUCUGAUGUUUAAAACAAAGGAUGUAAUUUCAGUUUCUCUCGGGAUUUGAAUGGAAAAAGAAAUUGAACAUGGCAAGCAUAUGCAAUCUGUACAGAGUGUGUAGUUUUUGACUCAGGUAAUAAAGAAUAAAAAGAAAAUGAAAAAUGUAAAAACCACAUUCUACCUCCUGUAAACGGCAGGUUCUCGGGCUGCCUUGUGUCUCGAGACCUCUGUGUUUGUGUUCUUUGUUUUUGUUUUUUGAAAAAUAUUUCACUUUUUUCGCAAAAAAACCCCAACAUUCAGGUAUUAACCUUUGUGACUUAAGAGGAAAAAAAUAAACACUGAAAAAGUUUACAUUUUAUAACAUUAUUAAACAGAUUGUAUUUAAACUUCAGAAAUAUUUAAGACAAUUGUAACCUUGUAAAGUUGGUGAAAUAUUAAAAAGGAGACAAAGGAAAUGCCUCUA